AUGGAGUUUGAAGUCACUAUUAAAGUAGAAAUUGAAGAAACAGAAGAGCAAAUGCCAGGUAAUCUCUCAACUUUAUUUCUUAAGAGUAGAACACAUAAGGCAAUAAUAUUUUUUUUUUCAGUUAUCACACCAAUAGUGAAAAGCGAACCAGAUACAAGCAUUGACGAAAGAGAAAAUAAUGAUUUAGCAACAUGUAUAAACAAUCCAACAAAUGAAGAAUCUCUUCUGGAAUGUUCGAAUUUAAGUGAAGGCUUGUUGAAUGAUAAGGCUGAAAUUGUAAUAACUAAAGAAGGUGCUGAAGUAUUGGAAGAUGUUAUUAAUGAUAUAACUUUGAAGAAAACAAGAGAUUCUAAAGGUCGCAUUAAGAAACAAUGUACUUGCAAGGAAUGUGGUAAAGAUUAUUCUUCCGUCAGUGCAUUGAACAGACAUGUUAGAAUACAUACAGGACAUAAACCAUAUUUAUGUAAUAUAUGUGGUAAAAACUUCAAUCAAUCUUCUAAUCUGAAUACACACUACAGAACACAUACGUUAGAGAAACAGUAUUCUUGUACAGAGUGCGGCAAAUGUUUUAAUCAUUCGCGUACUUUGAAUAGACAUAUCAAAACUCACACAGGGGAGAAACUUUUAACGUUUAUGGUGUGCGGCGUUUGUGGGAAAUCGUUCUUUGGUUCUAGUAAUUUUAAGGCACAUUAUCGAAUACACACAGGAGAGAGACCUUAUUCUUGUGAUGUAUGCGGUAAAACUUUUAUUCAACGAAUUGGUUUGAAGCUACACAAACGAAUACAUACUGGUGAAAGACUGCAUUCCUGCAGUGUAUGUGGUAAAAUGUUUAUUCAGUCCAGUAGUUUGAAAAGACACCAUGCGGUACAUACAGGAAUAUAACAGCCUGUCUUGUGACAACUGUCCACUGAAAUUUAAAAAUAAAACCGCUCUAAUAAAACAUAUGACAGAGCAGGUCUGUAUACAAAUUAGACUUCUUAUUGGGUGCAUUUUGCGUGUAGGGAUGGUCGGUCUUAUUUCCACCUUUAUUGGAUCUUGGCAGAAUUUGCGGCUCGACUUCAUGAUUUAGAGGUUAUUUGCCUAUUGACCGGCCACUCCUGCCCAUUCCAGGAUUACAGUCCAUCCUGGCCUGACAUUCUCUCCGCUUAGGACUGUCCAUCGAUUUUUUGUGAAAAACGGGGGAGACAUUUUAAGAAAUAGCUAUUAUUUUCAACAAUAUUUUUGUAUUGAUAGUGGUGUUUUUCCUGACCUUAUGAAGCAAUAGCUUAAAGUAUAAAUAAAAUAAUAAUAGCUCUAUAAAUCCUUUGUCAAAUCACAUCAAUUAAACACUAUUACUCUUGUUUUCUGUUUGCUGUUGUCUCCAUUGGUGUUUGAAUGAAUAUUGGAGAAGUCGUUCAAUAAGGCAUGCGGCAAUGUAUAGCAUAACUAACCAACUACAAAAACUGUACUUCUAGGAUCUACCUACACUGGUUUUGUACAUAACUGAAUUUACUUGUUAAUAAAGAUAUUUUGAAAUUGAA